AUGAGCGUGGAGAUCCUGGACGGGAGCACGGUGCGGAGCUUCGUGGAGGACGAAGGCGCCUUCAACUCCUCGGUGGACGGCCGGUUCGCGGCGCUGGACGCCGACCACGACGGUCUGCUCACCUACGCCGAGAUGGCCGGAGAGCUCAUGAGCCUGCGCGUGCUGGAGAAGCACUUCGGCGUGGACGAAGCAGCCAUAGACCCCAACGAGCUCGCAGGCCUGUACCGCGGCCUUUUCGAGCGAAUUGGUUAUGCGUGCUGCUAA